AUGGGUCCCAUUUUAUUUCUUCAUCCGCCGUUACUAUUUUAUCUCUUCCUUGUCUUCCGCCGUUACUCUUUAUGGCAUGCUAUUGAAAGAAAAAUGAAUUAAGUCUUGUAGAUCAUUAAUUAUUUAAUUUGGCAAGUAGUCCUAUUUAAUUUAUUGUUCAAUAGGAUCAGCUGCAACACCACCGCAAUUUUCAGCGAUGUUUGUGUUUGGAGACUCCUUAUAUAGCAGAUGAUGGUAAUAACAACUACUUUAAAUUCUUUGGCAAAAUCCAACUGCCUCCCAUACGGAGAUUUGAUAGUGUUGCCUCCUCUUCCACCCUUUGCAAUUACUUUCUCAACAGGGAGAGACAUACUUAGCGGAGUAAAUUAUGCUUCAGCAGCUGCAGGAAUUCUUGAUGAGACUGGGAAAUAUCUGGGAGAUCGCUAUGCCUUAAGCCAGCAAAUUCAAAAUUUUACAAGUACUUUAAGCCAAUUAAAGACCCAAAUGGACGACAAGAAGCUCAGCCAGUAUCUGGCAAAGUCUUUGGUUAUCAUGAAUGCAGGAAGCAAUGACUGCAUUAAUAGGGCUUUUGACAAAAAAAAAUGUAAUAAAAAAUAUAAAAUAUCGAAAAAAAGAUGA